UAUUCGAAAACUCCAUUAGAUAUUUUAGACGGAGAAACAUUGAUCGUGAAAAAUAUCAAAGCAAAGCAAACUAUCAGGAAGAAGCUAUGAGAUUCCCAACAUAAAGAUAAAACAACACGUGUCUUCAAUUGACUUCCCAUGAACAAUUGAAGAAAUUGAUGAUCAUAAUUUUACAUCAUCUUUCUCCGCUAUUUAUUCCCUUUUUCUACCUGUCCUCUAUUUUCUUCGACCCAAACUCUAGCCAUUCAGAUAAUUUGAGCAGCAAAAUAGUUUUUUUUUUUUUUUUGGUGAUUAAUUGGCGAAGUUACUCAUUUUCAGCCGCUAAAAAUCUUUUUUAAUCCAAAAUUACCGGUUAAUUAUGGGAAAAAGAAAGCGAACAGGAUCAUCUGCUGCUCUUUACCAUCAUCCUUCUCCUUCAGAUUCCAUGCCAUGUUCAUCAGGAAGGGAUCUGACACUUGGGGAGCAGAAUGCUUCUGAUCCAGAAAACAGUGGUAUGUUGAAGCCUCAUUCUUCUGUUAAGGAAAUUAUGGAUAGUCAUGGAAAGCAACCAAUCUCUCAACUUGCCCUUGGUCAACAUCAUCAUCACAAUCUGAGCCGCUCAAUGUUGUUGAAGCGCUCACGUCACCACUAUGGAAACCAGUAUUCUCGUCGAAACUCAUCCAAUUACCAUAAGCCCUCGGCUUCUUACGGCAAGGGUAGCCCAUUUCACGAUGAGCGAUUAUGUUUUAAGCUGGGUAGUAAAUACAAUUCUGAUUUUGGACAUCAUGCAGAUUUUACAGAGUUUAGGGAAAGGGCCUUCUGGCGGCCAGAAAGAAUUAGGUCUAGCAGCUCGGUCAUUCGUGCACUUUCAUCCGAAGGAGUGAAGAAGGCUUGUGGGUUAUGCCAGAAAUCAUUAAGACGGAAGCCUCAUCAAUUUGGAAUUACUGCCUCGGAAGAGCUAUCAAUUGUUGCAAUUUUAGUUUGUGGGCAUAUUUUUCAUGCUGAUUGCUUAGAGCAGAGAACAUGCCUUGAGGAUAUAAGAGACCCUCCUUGUCCAUUAUGCUCAGGUUUUGUCCCAAAGGCCGAGGUUACUUGAAUCAGGGAAAAAUUUCUAGGUUUGUUAACAUUAAACAUCAUAAUGUAGAUAGAUUUAAUGCACUUAACUUGCAAGGUUAUGGAUUUGUGAAUGGCGGCUGUUUAGUUAACGGCUUAGAAUACUGUUACCUGACCCCUUAGUCGUAGGCUUUUAUUUCAACAGAACUUGUUGCAGAAUUAGGAAGAAGAAAUUGCUAUGUUCAGGUGCUGUGGUAGAAUAUGCUAGUUAAUAGCGCCAUUUCUUUACCAUGUAUGUAAUAUCUAAUAUGCUAGUUAAUUGCAGAAUUAGGAACAAGCUACUAUCGAGGGAGGACUUUGCAAUGGAAUUUGUAAGAUUUGUGAUAAUCACUAAACGGAACUGCAAUUUUUCUUUACUACAAUCUAGUUAUUUUGCAUUUUUGCUUGUUUGAUCCUUGGCUUUAGCCUCAUUUGAAUUAAAAAAAAAAAACAUUAUUAAAAAAAAAAAAAAAAAAAAAAAAAAGAAAACAAAACCAAUCUAGUUAUUUUGCUCUAUUAUAUACUUACCCCUCCUUUAACCGAGGAAGUACUACGUAAUAUUUAA